AAGUGAACUUGAUUAUGGGUAAAACGGAAAAAAAUCUUAAGAAACGGGUACGCCCAAAUGAGGCUUCUGUUGCACUUGAAGGGAAUAGUGACCGAAUCGAACCAAAUGACCUAGAGGUUGAUACUAACGUUAAAGAGAAAAAAGAUGACUUAUACGGGAAGUUAGAUGUUGAUGCCAAGGAAUGGACGUGGGAUUUCGGAAAAGAUUUACGGUUGAGAGUGGGCACGUUCAGAGGAAAACCUUUUGUUGACAUCCGUCAUUUGUGGUCGGGACAUGCUACAAAAAAAGGAGUAUUUCUGAGCAUAGAAGCAUUUAAAGAAAUACAAAAAUGGCCAUGUUUAGAAGAAGCGCUUACAUCAACCGGUAUAUCGAGGGCGCAUAAUUAAUUCUUUUACGUAAAUUGAAACUAAAAUCGUUACCAUUCAAAUAAAAAAAACCAGCGAAUGCACAAAAAAAUUUAAUUAUUGUCUUGUAAAUGAUCUAGAAAACAAUUUCUUAUUGUUGUACAUUAUAUG